AGAAACCCACGUGAUAGAUCUGGAAGCCCAACAUGGCCGAGUGAUUUAGGGGUUGUAUUUUGAGCAACUUUACCGCGAAGGUGUCUGUGUGAUUUCUGAAACGACCGCUGUGACUUCGAACGCCCAGACGAAAUCCAGUGUACUGUUGUUCGAGAGGAUUUGUAGAAAGAGAAUGGGGAAAGGACUUCUUUGGCGUUUUACAGUUGGAAGCAUGGUGCUGCUGGGGAGCAUUUUGUCGACUUUGGCAGAAUCUCCGGCACAAGAAGUUGCAGUAGAAUUGGGUGAUGAUGUGCAGCUCAACUGUUCCUUUCCUGUUACUGAAGGUGUGAUUCCUAGCUUGAACUGGCAGAAACAACCAAAGAUUAUCUAUGUAAAGGAGAUAGCAGUUCAUACAGACUCAAGAAUAUCUCUAGCAGCUGAUAUUCCUAAUGGUGUAUACAACCUUGUGAUCAGUGGCACUCAGUUGAGUGAUAGUGGGACCUAUGCGUGUGUCAACCAGGAAGGAGAUGCAGAGGAAAAAUUGUUCAGUUUGAAGGUUCAGUUGAGGCCAACCAUUGAACAUUUUCCCGAAGCCCCAGUUACCAAAGUGGUUGGAGACGGCAUCUCCCUAGCGUGCAAUGCCUCUGGCAUCCCCUCACCCACAAUCACAUGGAGGAAGGGGCCUCAGCCAUCACCCUUUAGCCACAGCCUGACACCUGAACAGGUGCUUACGGAGCCCAGUUGUGGCACUUACGGAGCUCAUUUGUGGUGCACCCCAGAAGUCUGCUGCUGA